CUCAAAAUGCGCGCUCUUAAAAUUUACCUAAACAGAACAAGGUUAAUACCAAACAACCAGUGCAUAAUAACAGUGAAAUUGCUUAUUCAAAAGAAUUGUUUUAUAAUUUUUUUAAACAAAUCAAACAACAUAUCAAUGGCUGCUGAACUUUCGAAUGACAGCCAUGUCUACGGGCGCCUAUACGGCUCUGAUGGUACGUCGUGUCAACUCUUGUUUCCGAUAUUGCUCUUCCUGUAAAUAAAUGUUUGAAACGCACCUAAUGCAUAACCGCUAUUUGACCGAUUUUUUUAUCUUUCUUUUUCAGUCAAGUAAACGCAAGGUGAGUUGUCAGGGUUUGUUUAUGAUAAUUAUUUGCUUCAUGCAAAUCAUAGUUGCUUUAUUUGACCUUAUUCAGCAUAUCAAUGAGACCUAUGAGUUAUGUAUAUACUUAUGUAUAGUCGUCAGUUUCCAAAUGUUAAUUAUGAACAAGUUAUUGAGAUUAACAAUAUGCUGCACUUGGAUGUUACCCAGGAAUCUGGCAGAAGUCCAGUUGUUAUGCUGCGUGUCUCAGUUUACUAUUAUAUUACCAGUGGCCCGUGUUAAUUUGUUUCUGUGGACAUUUCACCUUCAUCAACACAGUGACUCACUAUCCAAGUAUUGCGUGAUGAAGCCAACGGAUUCAUAAUGAACGGCAAUGGUCAUGCUCCCAUGGAAACUGAUACUAACGAUAAUAAAAAGUCAAGAAUUGAAUAUGUAGAGACUGUACCAUCGAAGGUUGUUCAUAUUCGUAACAUGCCUGACGAUGCUACAGAGCAUGAAAUAGCACUUUUGGGGAUACCCUUUGGCCUUCUAGAAAAUAUGGUUCUCUCAAAGAAAGCAAAUCAAGCUCUUUUGGAAAUGCAAUGUUUGGAAAGUGCGAUCAUGAUGGUUACAUAUUAUCGUGAGUAUCAGGUCACAUUGAGAGGACGAACGCUAGUUAUGCAAUAUUCAAAGCAUCAGCACCUUGAAUUACAUUCGGAAAAUAGCAGCAUUGGCAGCGCAAUCCAAAAUGCAAACUGUAUUGUUCAGCAGGACCUCAGUGGUGCCAAUUCCGGCAUACCUACUACAGUUUUGCGUGUUGUGGUUGAUAAUAUCAUGGGUCAACAGAUCAAUCACACCAUACUUCAUAAGAUAUUUUACCGGUAUGGGAAAAUACUAAGAAUUGUUACAUAUCUUAAAAACAAUCAAUACCAUGGACUAGUCGAGUUUGGUAACCAUAUUCAUGCAUUCGUUGCAAUGCUACAUCUAAAUGGUCAAAAUAUAUACACUGGAUGCUGCUCACUUCGCGUGCAGUUUUCUAAAAACCGUGGUCCUUUGGAGGUUCGUCAGGAAAGUGAUAGAUGCAGAGAUUAUCAGAACAAUCCACUAACUGAAGAUGAACUUAUGAGUCUUCGGAGGCCUACAGGUGGAAGUGGUGGGCAUCAAAACAACAAUCCCAGUCACGUCUCUUCAAAUUUUCAGAAUUCAAUCGUACCCAGUCUCUCACAUCAAGGUAUUCACCUCCCAGUAGGAAUGAUAGCACCUCCAAACACAAGCAAUUUGGGAAUCAGUGAACUAACUGCACAGUUGGCAGCUCUUGCUCAGCAAUCAGGUUUGGCUUUGACUCCUGCAGCAGCAGCUGCUACUGCAAGUUUUAUGGCUCUUACAUCUCAAAAUAGUGGUCCAGGUGCUCAGUCGAUGUCAGGGUCUCCUAACUUGUCAGCCAUUCUUGCAGCUCUUCAAGGUGGCGCUGUCCAAACUGGCGUGCUUCCUCACAUGUCUGCUGGCAAUGCAAGUGUAAUUGGGUCAGUACAGUCACCCAUCUCUUCACAUGUGACCCCCGUUGGUGUUCGCCCACCACCUAACAACAAUGGAAGCACAGUCCUAAUAGUAUCUAAUCUCAACGAGGAUAGGGUUUAUCCGGAUGCUCUUUUUACACUCUUUGGUGUAUAUGGAGACGUCACUCGUGUAAAAAUUAUGUUCAAUAAGAAGGACACAGCACUAAUUCAGUUCACUGACCCUCAGCAGGCUCUUACUGCUCUGCAAUAUCUUAACGGUCAACGCCUUUGGGACAAACCAAUGAAAAUUGCUGUCUCUCGACAUAAUAUUGUUCAGUUACCUAAAGAAGAAACUGAGAAUGGUUUGACUAAAGACUACACCAACAGUCUUUUACACCGCUUCCGGAAGCCAAAUUCGAAGAAUUUCCAAAAUAUUUAUCCUCCAAGCCACGUAUUGCAUUUGAGCAACAUACCUCCUUCAGUGGUUGAGAGUGAUAUACGUGUGUUAUUUGCAACCAAAGGAUUCGAAGUUACAGGCUUCCGAUUUAUGAAGGAUAACAAAAUGGCUCUCGUGCAGUUGGAAACUAUUGAUCUUGCUAUUCAAGCUCUUAUUGAAUUACACAACAGUCAGCUAACAGAAAAUUCUCAUUUGCGGAUCAGUUUUAGCAAAUCUGCUGUUUGAAUUAUCAAGUCUUUUUUACUGGCCCGCACAUUGUGACGUAAUUGAUCACCAGCCGAAUGACCAAAUAUGAUCUCAGUAUCUGUGCGCUUCCAAUUUUUCGAUCUGGAGGUGUAUCCUUCUAAAAUUUCACAUUGACGUUAUCAUGUUGAUAGUCAUCAAUAAAAAAUGUAUUUAACGGUUAUCUAUUGUUCUUAAUAUCUUGGGAUUCUAGUUAAGCGGAUUGUUUAGUAAAGCUAGUUCUUUGUGAUGGACUACGUCAGUCGCAUAUUCAUCCCUAGAAAUAGUUUUGAGUGAUUCCUGUGUUUAUGUCAGAAGCAGAAAGUAUGUUUUUCAGUCUGCGUACGUCUUCACUUAUAUUUUCAUCAAUUUAUAUUUCCAUAUACUCGUGACCGAC